AUGAAGACCAAGAACCGACCUCCUCGGCGCCAGACAUCCAUGCAGGACACAGAAGCCACCCCAGGAGAGCAGAGUCCCGACAGACCCCAGUCAGGCUCCGGGGGAUCUGAGCUGACGAAGGGUCUUCGGAGUAGGACGGCCCGUGCAGGUGGACCGCGAGCAGAGGUCAGCCGCCGGCGACAGGGGUCUGGUGGCCGCAGGGAGAAUAGUAUCCAGAGGCGACUGGAGAGUAAUGAGCGGGAGCGACAACGGAUGCAUAAACUCAACAACGCCUUCCAAGCGCUGCGUGAGGUCAUCCCGCACGUGCGGGCCGACAAGAAACUCUCCAAGAUUGAGACCCUCACGCUGGCCAAGAACUAUAUCAAGUCGCUGACCGCCACCAUACUUACUAUGUCCAGCAGUCGCCUCCCAGGGCUGGAGGGGCCUGGUCCUGCGCCAGGUCCUAAACUCUACCAGCACUACCAUCACCAGCAACAGCAGCAGCAGCAGCAGCAACAGCAGCAGCAGCAGGUGGCUGGGGCCACGCUAGGUGCCACGGAGGACCAGCCCCAGGGCCACUUGCAACGGUACUCUACACAGAUCCACAGCUUCAGAGAGGGCAGCUAG